AUGGAUAGUGUUAUUAUUCCCUUUCAAUUCGAAGAAAUCAUCGACCUUGAAGAAGACAGAAUAGUCACUAGCGCCAACACUACUGACAUUACGCCGUUCACGUUUUUUACUACUUCCGGCGAUUCAUUGGCCAAAA